CAUGCCUAUUCUUGGGGUCCUUAAUUUCAUGAUUAAGGAAACUAUUUCAUUAUAUUCAUAGGUCAUUGGACUUGCAAUAAGUUGGUAGAGAAAUUAGAAAAUCUGUACAAGUUGAAAAAUGGGAAUCUGCAUAUCCUCUGCAUCUUCAGAGAUACACCAGGUAGAUGAUGGCCUUGAAAAUGUCAUGCAUGUCCAAAUAAAUAUUGUUUCUCACGGAAUUGAGAAGCUUGGUUCUCUUUACUCUAAAGAAGGUAGUAAAGGAGUAAAUCAAGACGCUGCUAUUCUUCACCAGGGCUAUGGAAUGGAACAUGGAGCUUUCUGUGGAGUUUUUGAUGGGCAUGGAAAGAAUGGUCACAUAGUGAGCAAGAUCGUGAGAAAUACGUUGCCAUCGCUCUUGCUAAAUCAAAAGAAUGCUUCAGCAAAGAUGAAGACUGUUAGAGAUCACAACAAUGAGAAAGCAGAUGAUGGUUUAGCACCAUGUGAGGGUUUCCAUAAAUGGAAAGAGGCUUGUAUUAGUGCCUUCAAGGAGAUGGACAAGGAGAUCAAGCUUCAAAGAAGUCUAGACUGCUCUUGCAGUGGCUCCACUGGAGUGGUUGUUUUAAGGCAGGGUGAUGGUCUUAUUAUAGCAAAUCUUGGAGACUCAAGAGCAGUGUUGGGCAGAAUCAAUGAUCAGAAUGGAAUCAUGCCUGUUCAAUUAACUACAGAUUUGAAGCCUCGAGUGCCAAGCGAAGCAGAAAGAAUAAGGAAAUGUAAUGGCAGACUACUUGCACUAAAGGAAGAGCCACACAUCCAUCGAGUCUGGCUACCUCAUGAAGAUUCUCCAGGCUUAGCCAUGUCUCGAGCUUUUGGAGACUUUCUACUGAAAAAUCAUGGCAUAAUUUCAUUACCAGACAUCUCUUAUCACAGAGUAACUUCCAAGGACCAGUUCGUUGUCCUUGCAUCAGACGGGGUGUGGGAUGUGCUUAGCAACAAGGAAGUGGUAUCCAUAAUUUCGACAGCAGAUAGUGAACUGGUUGCAGCAAAGUCAGUGGUGGAGGCUGCUACAGCAGCAUGGAAAAGGAAGUUUACUUCUUCGAAAGUGGAUGACUGCACGGUGGUUUGCCUCUUCCUACGAAAGAGAAAACAGCACUCUGACUUCAUCUUUUAGCCAGUGUCUUGUAAUAGUUGAGCACUGCCCCCUUUCCUUUUUAGUGCAGCUUAUGUUCAUAAUGUUGUAAUACUGUCAGCUAUUUUCAGAUUUCUCAUUGAGAAACCUUGAGAACCGAGUAUAUGGUAUGUAGUGGGCACAGGAAUCGUUGAAAAUGCAGAGAGAUUUUACAAUAAUCAACAUGAUAACAGUGAACACUUUGAGAACCGAGUA